AUGAAUGCUGCCACACCUGCAAAGAAGUUUGAGCACGUGCCCGUCUUUGGCAACAUUACGCCAGCCUCGUCCAACAGUGACAAGUUUGCCACCAACCUGCUCAAAAUAUCUCGAUACAUUAUAUAUGGACACGAUGGCGUACAUCUUGGCUGGCAGUAUCCCGGUGCGCCAGGCCGCUGA